UUCCUCUCAAAAUUGUCACACGAUUGCCAAAAGUGAUGCGGGCACCAUGUUUUUCUCCGCCUUGGUGUAGCUUUUUACGUUUUUUAUUGUGAAAUUUCUGUGUGAGAAUCGCGGGAGAUGUCCCGAAAGGGGUUUUUGGUUAAAGUUGAGCUCGACAUGCAGAGGGUAUCGUGUCCUGGAGUGUGGUUGUGUUCGAACGGGAAAGUUUCGUUGCAGAUCCAUAUGUUUGGAUCCUCAGUGCAGACCAGAAAUUGCAGACCGGCAUUCCCGCUUAUUUUCUACGAAAAAUUCGUAUUUUCAAAGAUUUUCGACCAGGAUCGACGUCUGAACGAGUUACAAAGACGACUUAACAACGAAUGGUUUUACGCAGAGUUGAUCCAGUGGAAAUCUUGCGAUGAAGGUCGCGUUCUAGCUACUUUCAGAACAACUUUAGACGAACUCCUAUACCCUUCGUCAUUUAGAAACUCUAUUAUGGGAGUCAACGUAGAUCUUCUAAUGGAACCUACUGAAAUCUUCCCGGGUACCAUAGCACCGAAGUUAGAAACGAGUUCCAAAACUACCGUUGAAGAAACUAUAAUAGAUCCAGAUUGCGACCACGCUAACGUAACCUUGAUCAAUCCCAAAGCGAUGAUCUGCAAACCUUUCUCAGAAAAUAAAGGAUUACCAAGAAAAGUUUGUCAUUCCGUAGGUUUUAGUCGAACUCAAAGGUAUGUACCUGGUAAGAAAAAGAAGUCAAAACCUCCAUUUAAGUAUGUUAAAGUCUCUGAUGAUCUUAUCUUAAGAAAUAACCCUAACGUAGUGUUAAAAUCUGAGGAGGAAUUCAAAGCUACCAAUAAACCUUACUGUUAUUGUAUGACUAACAGCGCAGAUGCUUCUGGAAACUUAAUAACUCAGUACGCAGAUUGUGAUUGUAGAUCAGAAAAAAUACACAAAAGAACUUGUACAGUUUGCUCCCUGUACGACGGAUAUUUCUCAGAAAAUAGCGCAAAUUGUGGUAGCUUAGAUAGAUCAGUUAAGUUUUGUCAAAAGUGUAGAAAAUGCCAAGAAAACGGAAAGGGUUACUACAGGAAAAGUUACCAGGAAAGUAAGUAUCAUAUAGCUUCUAAAAAUGGUUCUCCUUGUAACUCAGACACCGACGAAUCUGAACGAAAAAUCUGCCUUUGUUUACCAGCGGAUAGAACGACAUCUCUUGCCCAACAGUUGCACGAAAGGUUGACUAGAACUCUGGAUACUAGCAGUAGAAGAUUUCAUAACUGUAUUGACUGUACAUGAUAAAUAAGAAUAGUGUCGGCAACACGAAAAAUAAAACAAAAGGUUUUGGAGAUGUUAAAUAACUUUUUCGUAUAGUAGAGUGUGACUAUUAGAUAAAUAUUAUACAAUUUACAACUUUUACACUUCGUGCAAUAUUGUUAUACCGAUAAAAACGACAUUUUGUU